CUUGUCUUUACUGUAAGCAGUUUCUACUUCUAUGCCUCGGACUGACACCGCGUAUAGUGAUGACUAUCGGAGAUCUUUCCAGUUUUACCCGUACUCGGCUAUGCACAAUCUUGAUCAAAUCAAUAUUUUCCUAGCGCAUGUGUGACCUUUUAGCUCACGGCCCCUUGUCGUUGUUCAUGGAGUGAAGUAUUGAGGGCACAAGGGAAAGCAAUCAUAUUAAUAUAUAUAGCUGAUCGAAAGAAUCUGAAGCAGCUAUAUCGAAUGUCGCUUCAAAUAAUCAGAAUGUCAUUCUCGAUCUUCGGUUUCAGAAAACAGACGCCAGAGAUUGUCGAGAAAGUUGAAGUGUGACUUUUCUGAUCACAAUUUAUUACUUCAAAGAAAGAGGUUAGAAAAGCAAAUGAAGCACAAUUACUUUUCGCAAAAGGCAUCUGCAGAAACUAAAAGUUACAUUUUGAUGUGAAAACAGCUUCCCUGUCAGAUCGCAGUUCAGCGCUGAGUGAAGAAAGGUUGUUUCUAUUGUCUAUGGAGCUGAGCACGACUAAGAGCCACGCACUUGAAGUCUCCUGUUGUGGUGGUGAUUCUCCACACCGCACCUAACCUUUUCAUUUGACUGUGAGUAUCACAAAGACAGCGCUGGCGACUAAAAACACCUACCAUUAUGUUUCCCGGUUUCAGGCGUGUAUGCACUGAUACUUAUAAAAGAAAACAAGGCAUGUGUUGUGCAGUCCUGAAAGAGAAAGAAUCACCCAUUACAAAGGUUUUCAACAACUGGUCUUAUUCCAACUGUGCACGAUGAAGUCGCUCACUAGUCAUGUGAUCGCCAUGUUCGGGUUGGGCGUCUGGUGUUUCUUCUGCUGUGGAUUUCUUCCUUUGGCCCAGGCCCAAGUGACAGAAUCCAGCUAUGCAGGGGCCAGUGCUCUUGAUCGAAUUAAAGCGGCCAAGCAAGCGUUGGAUUACGUGAGGACAAUAGAACGCACACACAACUGCACUGGGGGCACAGAGGAAACUCUGACCUUGAACUUCGACCAUGACCGUUGGAUGUCUUAUUCUGACCCCGCAAUACGGACAGCCAACUACCUGAGCAAAAUUCUGGCCAUCGACGGCGAUCUCUCAGCUCUGGGUGACGACAAGUUCUACGCCCUGGUUAGGAACAACGUCCACGGCGGCUCCCUGAUCUUUGGCUCUGCCAUCGCCCUCGAGCCUGAUGUCAUCGCGGGGAGGACCAAGUUCUGUCCCUACGCCUUCCGCGACAACGGCUCUGUGAGAGCCUUCGACAUCGCCAUCAACUACGACUACCAACAGGACUCCACGGAGUGGUACCACGCCGUCCGCAUCUCCAACCUCAGCAACAUCUCUGUUGCGGUGGACAGGAUCACUAUAGAUGACCAAGACAAAGUGAAUGGCACCAUAUACCUUACUCAGCCAGUGGCUGCCUACCCUGAUGGCCACUGGACCUACCCGUAUUACGACUGUGGUGGAGGAGACAUCUGGAUGACUACGUACUCUGCCCCAAUUAUGGCCCAGAACAGCGAAGCAAAGGUCAUCUUUAGAGGUGUGGCCACUAUUGAUAUAGAGUUGACCAAUCUGGACAUAAACCAGUGUGACCUUGACGAAAACGAGGAUUCCCAGGCACUGGACGUUUUCCGCGGCACGCACAACUGUCAGCCAACGACACAGUUCCAGUGCCUGCGCUGUGCCCGGGGCUGCGACAGCUGCGUGGACUCCAGACCCUGCCUGUACCAGAUCAACAUCGCUGUCCAGGCCCUGGUCAUCUUCCUGGUCAGUGCCAUGAUCCUCGGCUGUAUCGUCGUCUCAAUCAUCACUUUCACUUACAGGAAGGAACUGGUUAUCAAGACGGCCAGCCCAAUCUUCCUACAGCUCAUGUGUCUUGGAGCCAUUCUCAUGUGUAGCAGUGUAUUCGUCUUGUACGGUGAAGUGACGUCUCUUGCAUGCACUAUACGCAUCUGGCCUUACCACUUGGGCUUUGGCGUCAUGUACGGGGCCCUACUGCUCAAAACAUGGAGGAUCUCUGUAAUUUUCAAGCAAGGUGGCACCAUGAAAAGGGUAAAUCUUCCAGACAAAGCCCUGUUACAACGCCUGGUGCCACUGGUCGCCCUAGUGGUCGUGUACCUUGGGGUGUGGUCGGCUAUACACCCACCCCUGGCGGAGACCGUCAAGACGUCGAAAGAGCUCAAGUUUUUCGUCUGCAGCAUGUCCUGGUGGUCUUACGCCAUGUUCGGAGUGCAAGCGUUGCUGUUGCUGGUAGGUGUUUAUCUGUGUUUCACUGUCCGGAAGGCCCCGGCACAUUUCAACGAAAGCAAGUUCAUCACCUGGGCAACGUACAACGCCAUCAUCCUAGGCAGCUUCAUCCUCAUGCUCACGCAAUUUGUGGGUAUGUCCGUUGGACCGGAUGUGGUUUUCGUGCUUCACAUGGCACAGCAACAGGUCUUCGUCACAAUCACUAUGGCGCUCAUUUUUGCCCCAAAGUUCUGGGCGCUGUACCGUGGCAGCAGCAACGCUGAGGGUCGCGUGUACUCCAACCACGUAGUGACCAUCACGGGCCGGGUCAAGCCCUCCCUGGCGCCUUCCUCCUCCCGGUUCAGUGAGAGCACAGCGGUGACCACAAGACAGGUGGCUGUCCAGUGUAACCCGGACGACUUUCUCCUUAUCGCUCAG